AUGAAUAAAACAGAAUUGAUUCAUAAUCUAGGAACUACAAACAGUUCAAUAACAAGAAUAUUGGAAACACAAGAUGACACCAACAGCGGAAAUGUCUUGAAAAUAGUUGAAAAAACGAAACCCUUACGUACAUGGCAGAUACAGCUUGGUGGCAAGUAUUUUCACCAAGAAGACGAAGAUAGUUGGAUUGACUUCUGGCUUAGAAUACUUCCAGAAUACUACGUUUAUUCGGCUUUUUGGGAUGAUAGGUCGUCCAUAUCAAGCAAAGGACCUAUCAUCAGAAUAUUUGGCAAGGUAAGGCUUAAUGUUGUAAAUGUAAGUUCUAUUCAAUGUGCCCUCCAGUUUGGUGAAACGGCUGGGUCAGACAUACUGGUGCAGCCAUUGCAGGGUCAUUACCGAUUUUCACUUAAGUGCUACGAUGGAGGAAGUAUUGAGUUUCGAUGUUCCGUCCCUCCCGGACAAAAACCAACUUCUGUGUCCUUGGUACUAAAUGACCGAUGGAAGCCGUGGCAUUGGGUAAGUAUUCAUUAUCCAAAGAAGAUGAACAGCGAGAAUAAAAUUGUUUUGUGCACCACACCUAUGUAUGGUGACUUCAGCAACCAUAUACUGAUUAUAGAAUUGAUCGCCUACUACAAGACAGUAGGGGUCACUCAUUUUGUGUUCUAUGAUGCUGGCUGCUCUGAUACUGUUAGAAAAACACUGAAAAAAUUAAACUUGGCUGGUAUAUCACUGGAUGUGCUACCUUUUGUCAAACAUGGAGAGAAGGACAAUCGAAAGUGGAAUGAGCGAGCUCAAGUGAUAUCUGUUCAAGACUGUAUGUACAGGCAUAUGCAUACUUAUGAAUACGGUUUGUACGUUGACCUUGACGAAUUUAUCUUCCCUGUACAGCACGAAACGCUGCAAGAGCUCUUAAAGAGCGAAGAGCAGAGGAUUCCAGGGAACUGCUGUGGAGAGUACGUCUUCAGACAUUUCCUCUACUGUCUCGAUUACCCAUCAUUCCCGGUUCCAUAUCUUCCUUUUGAAUUUAACACCUUGCUCAAGAGAUAUGUGGUCAACAACACACAAGGUUAUGACAGGUCCCGUUACAUCACCAAAAUUGCAGAGUUAGAACAUCAUGGCUGUGUGCACAGGGUGGCGCAUCUGCUGCCAGGAUCCAAGCGACAUCUAGUGCCGGAUCAGGUCGGUUUCAGCCAUCAUUACCGUCGUGGCGUCAAAUAUGACAAUAGGAUUGAUUGCGGCAACUUCGGCAAUGCAAAGAUGAAGAACAUCGUAAUUUACGAUCCAAGUCUUCCUUUUAAGUUUGGAAAUAAAAUGAUAAAACUUGUGAAACUGUGGAAAAUGUUCUAUGGCAUUGAAUGAGGCAAUACAGAUAAUUAUAUUUUUUGUUUUUACCA